AUGAACCAGAUAACAGAAAACUCAUCGGGUUCGUCCCCGAUUCUUUUUGAUGAUGUCUCCAACACCAAGUUGAAAGACUCAUACGAAGAUAACAGUUCUGAUAGAUCCGAUAGGAUUAUCAUAAAACCUGUCAACGAUGAAGAUGAUACGUCUGUGAUGAUCACCUUCAACCAGAAGAUGUCACCAUUCAUCUUAAUCUUGACGUUUACUGCAUCGAUAUCCGGUUUCAUGUUCGGUUACGACACAGGUUAUAUUUCUAGUGCUUUAGUUUCUAUGGGCACAGAUUUAGAUCAUAAGAAGCUCACUUAUGCCAACAAGGAAAUGAUUACAGCUGCCACAUCUUUAGGCGCUCUUAUAUCUUCCAUGUUUGCCGGUAUAUCCGCUGAUAUUUUUGGUAGAAAACCUUGCCUAAUGUUUUCAAAUGUUCUUUUCAUUAUUGGUGCUGCAUUGCAGGUUGGUGCACACACAUAUUGGUUAAUGGUUGCUGGUAGACUAGUUAUGGGUUUCGGUGUUGGUAUUGGUUCGUUAUUAGCACCAUUGUAUAUUUCUGAAAUCGCUCCAAAGCACAUGAGAGGAAGAUUGACCGUUAUCAACUCGCUAUGGCUUACUGGUGGUCAAUUGAUCGCAUACGGUUGUGGUGCUGGUUUGGACAAAAUUCACAACGGAUGGAGAAUCUUGGUCGGUAUUUCAAUGGUACCUACAGUCAUUCAAUUCACAUGCUUCGCUUUCUUACCUGACACUCCUCGUUUCUACGUUAUGAAAGGUAACUACACAAAGGCUGCCGAAGUAUUGCAAAAAAGUUACGUAAGUGCUCCUCCUGAGUUGAUCGAACAAAAGAUUCGUGAAUUAACAGAACUAAACGAAUCCAUCCCUGGCCGGACUCCAGUUCAUAAAUUUGUCAACACAGUCAAGGAAUUACACGUUGUUCCUUCUAACUUUAGAGCCUUAGUCAUCGGUUGCGCGUUGCAAGGUAUUCAACAAUUCUGUGGUUGGAAUUCGUUAAUGUACUUCUCUGGUACCAUUUUUGAAACUGUCGGGUUCUCCGAUUCAACUGCUGUGUCAAUCAUUGUUGCUGGUACCAAUUUUGUAUUCACCCUAGUUGCAUUUUUUGCCAUUGAUAAGGUUGGUCGUAGAGCCAUUCUAUUAAUCGGUCUACCAGGUAUGAUGGUUUCCUUAAUAGUGUGUGCCAUUGCUUUCCAUUACUUGAACAUUAAGUUUACUGGUGACGGCUCUUCAGAAGUGGCACAUGGCGGGUUCAGUACUUGGGGUAUUAUAGUUAUCGUUUUCAUCAUGACAUAUGCCGCUUUCUACGCUCUAGGUAUCGGUACUGUUCCAUGGCAACAAUCUGAAUUAUUCCCAACUGCCGUUAGAGGUGUUGGUGCUUCGUUCUGCACUGCUACAAACUGGGCAGGCUCUCUAAUUAUCGCCUCUACGUUCUUGACGAUGUUGCAAAACAUUACGCCGACAGGUACUUUUGCAUUGUUUGCUGCAUUAGCAUUCGUUUCUACCGUCUUCUGCUACUUGUGUUAUCCAGAACUCUCAGGUCUCGAAUUGGAAGAGGUGCAAACCAUCUUAAAGGACGGUUUCAACAUUAAAGCAUCAAAACAACUAGCCAAGAAGAGAAAGCAACAGAACAGCGAUCAACAACGUAAAUACAGGGAAAGGGAUCUGGAAGCUUCGCACAAGGACAAGCCUUCCGAUGAAUUGGUAGAAAGCUAG